CUGCUCCCAUGAAAAUAAACCCUCCGCCAAAACUAGGGGCAAAAAAGAGCCGUUCCUUCCUCAACAGCUUGGAUUUAUGGAAAACAUAAGCUUUCCCAAAUUACAAUGAAAUUGUAUAAAUUGCCAAUAAUAACAUCACUGUCCACCUCGUUUGUGUUUCUGUUUCGGUCAUUGCUGAAGCAAAUGUCUCCUGAUUUGUAGUCUCAACUUAGAAAAGCGCCGAUGCCUACAGAAAUAUACGCCACGAAUCAUAAGCCCAGUUUUUCUUUUUUUUUUUUUCUUUUUUUUCUCCCCCUCUCUCUUGCAGAUGCACGCAGCUCAGCGCCGCUCGUCGUGCUCUGGCUCAGUCUGAAUCGGCGCGGCUGUAGCAGCAGAAUAUUUGGUUUAUAACAGAGACACCAGCAGUUGUCUAGAUGCGAAACGUGGGCUUUUAGGAGACGUGAAAGGUCCUCAUAUUUCAACUAUGUGUGGACGGAGCAGGGUGGCCUCUCUGUUUGUGUGGAGUUAUUUACUGGUCACAAGCAGCGUACUGACUGGGAAAAGCUCUGGGCAGAAUGGCAUGACAGACGAGCAGAAAGAUAACACCACAGUGUUCACCAAAAUCUUAGACAGCCUUCUAGAUGGCUAUGACAAUCGCCUCAGGCCAGGACUCGGAGAGCGUGUAACUGAAGUCAAGACUGACAUUUUUGUGACUAGUAUUGGACCAGUUUCGGACCAUGACAUGGAGUACACCAUUGAUGUCUUUUUCAGACAGAGCUGGAAAGAUGAAAGGUUAAAGUUCAAAGGGCCCAUGGCCGUGUUGCGUCUCAACAACCUUAUGGCCAGCAAAAUCUGGACCCCGGAUACUUUCUUCCACAAUGGCAAGAAGUCAGUGGCCCACAACAUGACCAUGCCGAACAAGCUUCUACGAAUUACAGAGGAAGGCACACUGCUUUAUACCAUGAGGCUUACAGUGAGAGCAGAAUGCCCUAUGCAUCUGGAAGACUUCCCUAUGGACGCCCAUGCUUGUCCCCUGAAAUUUGGCAGCUAUGCCUAUACCAGGGCAGAGGUGGUGUACGUGUGGACCAGAGGGGCUGCUCAGUCUGUAGUGGUGGCAGAGGACGGCUCCAGGUUAAACCAGUAUGAUCUGAUGGGGCAGAGUGUGGAUUCUGGCGUGGUGCAGUCAAGCACAGGAGAGUAUGUUGUGAUGACAACCCACUUCCACCUGAAGAGGAAAAUUGGUUACUUUGUGAUCCAGACAUAUCUACCCUGCAUCAUGACAGUGAUCCUCUCCCAAGUGUCCUUCUGGCUCAACAGAGAGUCUGUCCCUGCCAGAACUGUCUUUGGAGUGACCACUGUCCUGACCAUGACUACUCUCAGUAUAAGCGCCAGGAACUCUCUCCCUAAAGUGGCCUAUGCCACAGCUAUGGACUGGUUCAUCGCCGUCUGCUACGCCUUUGUCUUCUCUGCCCUCAUUGAGUUUGCCACAGUCAACUACUUCACCAAGAGGGGUUAUGCUUGGGAUGGAAAAAGUGUGGUCCCUGAGAAGCAAAAGAAGAAGAAGGAAUCUCUCCUGAAGAAAAACAACACAACGGCCUACCCGCCUACCACUGCUACACCCUUCGCACCCAAUCCUGCCAGGAACCCGGGAUUAGCCACAAUCGCCAAAAGCGCUCCUCCACCCCCAGAUGAGCCCAAAGAGGAGCCGAAAUCCAAACCCCCUGAGGCCAAGAAGACCUUUAACAGUGUGAGCAAGAUAGACAGGAUUGCCAGAAUAGCCUUCCCUCUGCUCUUUGGAACCUUUAACUUGGUCUACUGGGCAACCUACUUGAAUAAGAAGCCCAAAUUGCAGGGGGUCAAUCACACCUAAUUCAUCUUUUUGUCUUUUUGAUUUAUUUUUUUUUCUUAAUCCUUUUACAAAAAAGUGGUUAUUUUGAGAUAAACAUUGCGUCCACUCUGGUUUGAAUACCCAGUUGUUGCAUUGCUUCUGUGUUUAUCUAAAUUUUGAAGAUUUCAAAAGAAACAAUAUAGAAAAAAAAAAGAUAAAUUCAGAGUUUUGAAAGGGUAUCGUUCAGGUCCAAGAGGAUGCUACUACAAAAUGCUACUAAAAAUAUCUAACCAACACAAUGCUAUUCUACCACUUCAUAGCCCAAGUUUUUCCUGGGGCAGUGUUUUUGUUUGUUUUCUUGCUUAAGUGUCUCCCUUUUUUGUUUCUUUGUUUUCUUUAACCUAUUUUAAAAUGUGGAAUUACAGACAGUAAAGAGGCACCUGUGAAUAUGCAUGGGCAGGAAAUUUUAUGAUUUCUAUUUAUUUAUUCAAAAAUUAGACCCGUGUUGACUGAUGGCUUGGGUUAUUUGAUGUCACCAGUGUAACGCUCAUUCUUUUUCAAAUAUAUCUUCCAUUCUAGGUAGAAUGUUUAUUAGAUUGUGUCAUUCUUGAAAAAAAAAUAUUUUAUUGUUUCUGCAAUAGCAAUAAAACAUGUCUCAGUGGACACAGUUUAUUUAGAGGACAAAACAUACAAAGUUUAAAUCAUCUGUGCUCAGAACUGAAGAUAUAUGGAUUUAAUUUCACUGCAUUGUAAAUACUACCAAGUGUUAGAGAUGUCUUUAUUAUGAUUAAGCUUUGCAAAGUGUAACUAACGGGGUUUUAGCUGAAUCAAUGGUUUCUCAUUCUGAUUCUUUUCACAAAUGGAGCAUAAACUGAGUUCAUUCAUUUUUGAGUGACUGUUUCUCACCUAAUCUACAUUUCAUGCUAAAUUGGUUUAACUGAAUUUAAACACUGUUUAGCUGGGUGUUUGUGGCCACACCAAAUGCACCAAUAAAAUCUUUUCUAAUGAUGGCAAGUUGUAGGCAACAAUCUAGAACCAUUGCAAAUUUUCUGAAUUAAACAUGACAUCAAGUUUAUUUAAUAUUUUUGUUUACUUUUUGUUUCUGUUGGAGUCUUUAGGCUGGGACCUCCUUUGCUAAUACAGCAUUUGUAGAAAAGUUUAGUUAGCAUGUGGUGGGGCACAUUGAGAUGGAGGAGAAGUGCCUUUAUCAUUUCCAGAAUUCAAGCUGUGAUGGAUUUGUAGAUGGGCGGCACGUCUUUAUUUCCAUCCCACUGAAUCCCCACGCUGACCACGUUUACUACAGUUUCCAGAUUCACUGGAAAGAAAAUUGA